AUGGCAGCUCACGGAGGACAGAAGCGUGGCUUGGAGCAUUUAGACCAGUAUGAGCCCAAACCAGCCAAACAGCAGCGAAACCUCCACGAGAAAAUGACUGAGAAGCGAUUAGUUGUUAUUUUGGAAGGAGCUACGCUGGAAACCGUAAAGGUUGGUAAAACAUUUGAGCUGCUGAACUGCGACCAGCACAAGAAUAUGAUAAUAAAAAAUGGAAGGGACCCUGGCAAUGUUCGGCCGGAUAUCGCACAUCAGUGCCUGCUUAUGUUAAUGGACAGUCCGCUGAACAGAGCAGGACUGCUGCAAGUAUACAUUCACACAGAAAAGAAUGCUCUCAUCGAGAUCAAUCCUCAAACACGGAUUCCGCGCACCUUCCCUCGCUUCUGUGGACUUAUGGUGCAGCUCCUGCAUAAGCUUAGUGUCAGAGCAGCUGAUGGUCCUCAGCGCUUGCUAAGACUGAUUAAAAACCCAGUUUCAGACCACCUGCCUCCAGGCUGUCCACGUUUUGCCACAUCUUUCAAAGCAGGAGACGCAAUCUGUCCCAGAACCAUCGUCCCUAAAGAUGGUCCUGCUGCUGUUGUUAUAGGGGCUUUUGCACAUGGAGCAGUUAAUGUGGACUACACAGAAAAGACUGUGUCCAUCAGUAACUACCCUCUGUCUGCUGCCCUGACGUGCGCCAAAAUGUGCUCUGCCUUUGAAGAGGUCUGGAGGGUGUUGUGACCAAAAAAAGAAAUAAACCAGGGCCUUGGACUUUAGGUCAAAGUGUGCAUUCUGUGGACACUUGUAAUGCAACUAUUCACUCCUUUUUAUCUGAAGCUGAGCAUUAUUAAUUGUGCUAGUGUCAUAUCUGAGAGCUGUACACUUAUAACAGCACAUCACUCAGCAUAUGCCUUCUCUGGACAUCCCACAGAAAUAAUGCUUUCUGAAUUAGUUUGUGUAAUUUUUCAUUCAUAUUCAAAAUAUGGAAUAUUUUCAGUUUACAUAUAAUAAACCUGAAUUUUAAGUAUUUUCUUUA